GGAGCCAGCCUCCGGGGCGCGCGCCGAUUGGCUCCUCGGGAAACAGCCGGGAUCUCUGGUUGCGCCAGGCUGGCGUCCGCUGAUCUCUUUUAAAAAUUUUCAAGUGUUUGGAUACUUAAAGAAGAUUAUUUGAAGACUGCUUUUGGAAUCAAAUAGCAUGGAUCCCAGCAGUGACUACCAUUUCCUCAAUCAGAUUUUGUGGAGAAGGGUGAAACUCACGUUGGUUUGUGGCAUAUUUGAGGGAGUACUCCAGCAUGUGGACCCUAACAAGAUUGUUGUCCUGAAGAAAGUGAAGAAUGUGGAGACUGGUCGAAGUGUUCCAGGAGUGAAGAUGUUUUUUGGGCAUGAGAUUCUGAACGUGGAACUACUGGAUGAAGUAGAACAAGGUGUGAUGAGAGAAAAGGCAUCUUCUGUCAGUCUAAAUACAGAAAGAACCAGGAUGGAUAAAGGUGAAGACCUAAACAUACGUGAGCCUCUUUCUCCUGCCUCUGAGGCACUAACCACCUCUCUGCUGAGUGACCUCAGGUACAGCCCAUCAGAGGAAGAGGAGGUGACAUAUACAGUCAUUGAUCAAUUCCAGCAGAAGUUUGGUGCUGCAAUGCUCCACAUUAAGAAGCAGAGUGUCCUGAGUGUGGCAGCCGAAGGUGCUAAUGUGUGUCGUCAUGGGAAACUAUGUUGGCUUCAGGUGGCCACAAAUAGCCGAGUUUACUUAUUUGACAUUUUCCUUCUGGGAAGUCGUGCUUUCAACAAUGGACUUCAGAUGGUGUUAGAAGACAAGAGAAUUUUGAAGGUUAUCCAUGAUUGUCGUUGGCUUUCUGAUUGCCUCUCUCAUCAGUAUGGAAUUUUGCUGAAUAAUGUCUUUGACACACAGGUAGCAGAUGUCCUUCAAUUUUCCAUGGAAACAGGUGGCUUUCUUCCAAACUGCAUCAGUUCUUUACAGGAGAGUUUAAUCAGACACCUUAAGGUAGCCCCUAAGUAUCUCUCCUUUCUGGAAGAAAGACAAAAAUUGAUUCAGGAAAAUCCAGAAGUGUGGUUCACACGACCUCUUUCACCUUCCUUACUGAAAAUUUUGGCCCUGGAAGCUACCUACCUACUGCCCCUUCGUUUGGUACUCCUGGAUGAGAUGAUGUCUGACCUAACCACCCUUGUGGACGGGUACCUAACCACCUACCGGGAAGGGUCUGCAGACCGCCUUGGGGGGACAGAGCCUACAUGUAUGGAGCUUCCAGAAGAACUGCUUCAGCUCAAGGACUUCCAGAAGCAGCGCAGAGAGAGAGCUGCAAAAGAAUAUAGGGUGAACACACGGGGCCUCCUAAUAAGGACAGUGCUACAUCCAAAGAAAUCAGUGACAGAGACCGCGGGGAAAGUAGGGGUUUCCUUACUUUGUAAAAACUCUAUGCUAGAUGAAACUCCAAGUUUUACGUCUCAUCAGGAUGUAAAUUUGCUGAAAGAAGAAUCUAAAAAUAAGCAAACUCCGACAGAACCUCAACAUCUACCUCCCAUGAAGGAAGAAACCAGUGAGGAUUGUAUCAACAAACUCAUUUGCUCUGAGUCAGAGAUACCCAGACAGGAGUUUCAGACAAAUUUAUCUUUGAAAGAGGAGAUAGAACAGUUAAUGAUGGUGGAAAACAAGGAAGAUCUAAAAUGCACAAAACAAGAUGUUUCAGUGUCUCUUUCCCUUCCUCAGGAAACCGGAGUGUCUCCAAGUGACACCUUUCAUCCUCUUAGAAAAGCUGUGCUUCCCACACUUCCUCCCUGUCCGGCCUUGGAGAAAACAGAUUCUUGGAUAAAUCUCUCUCCAAAUUUAUCUUAGAGAUGCACUACUUAUUCUUGAGACCAUGAAGGUGGCUCAUUUCCUCUACCAAUAAGGCCUUCCUCAGUGCUUAAGUUUGUCAUGUUGUAAAUUUAGUUUUGCCUCACUCACAAAGAAAGGAAGGCUUCAGCAAAAAUUAUAUCCUGUUGCUUACUCCUCAUGCCUAGAAUUUUAUUAGAAGGGAAUGAAUAAGUUAAAUGGAAGAAGUAAAUGUUUUGAUUAUGUCACUGUGCAAAAAUGUUCCCAGUGGUCAGAGUGAAUGAUUUCUCAUAAUUUGCGUUUAGAGGAUUUGAGGAGGGGAAAAAUCCUGGCCUUAGUAUCUGGAAGAAUCUAUACUUUUAAACUUUUUUUUUUUUUUUUAAAGUAAG